UUAGUUAUCGGUGCAUCAAAUAUCCCCAAAUCUUUUGAAAGCAUAAAUGAAUAUAAGUUUCAUUUUUCAUAAUAAUGUACAAACCAUGCAUUAUAAGCACUCACUAAAUUACAACCAGCCAAAAUUGCUUCAAGGGCUCCCUACAUUUUCUAAUUUUUGUAAUAAAGAAAAUAUCCGCAAAUACUAAUUCUUAGAUAGGGGUGAAGGACAAAUACAUAGGAUUAGAGGGAGCACUUCAAGCAUAUUUCCCACUCUUAGGGGCGUAACAAUAAUAAUUUUGAUUAGAAUUUAAAUUGUAUUUUGACCCCUUAGUUCUCAAGAGAUGACGAACCCUUGUCCACCAGCAACGCCGCCGUCUAGGAGAUAAAACUCCGGUCACGUUCGCUUUACUCUUGCUCUUCUUUAGAACCAGUCCCCGAAGCUCCGGCGGCCGGUAAGUUCGGAUCAGCGGCCACUUAACGCCGUUAAAGAACGGGUGCUGUUUAAUCUCCGUCGCGCCCUUGGCGUAACCGAGCCUCCUCCGUGGGUCCUUCACUAACAGGCUCUCGAUCAAAUCCUUCGCCUCCGCCAAUUCCGGCGCCUCCGUUUCUCUGUCAACCACGUGGAACCUCACUCCCUCCGUUGACGCUAUAUUCCGCAGCGUUGACUCUUUACUGCUCCCCUUAAACGGCGUCGUACCGAACAGCAGUUCGAAAACCAGAACCCCGAACGCCCACCAGUCAACUCCGUUCCCAUGACCGUUCCCGUUAACCAACUCCGGCGCUAAGUACUCGUGGGUUCCGACACAUGAUCGCGAGAACGCCGUCGUUGGCUCAGCGACGAACUCCGCCACCGUUUCUUCCCGGCUGCGGGCACCCGAGAACCCGCACCCGGUUCCUGACCCGACCCGGACCCUGCUCUGUUUUUCAAAACGGGGGGAAAUUUCGGAUUUGAAGCAGAGGUCGAAGUCGGAGAGCAUAAUAUGGCCGUCGUCCCGGAUGAGGAUGUUUUCCGGCUUCAGGUCUCUGUAGACAAUACCCAGAGAGUGAAGAUACUCCAAUGCGACGAGCACCUCGGCGGCGUAGAAUCGGACGGAUUCAACCGGCAGCCUGUUUCCGGGCUGUUUCCGGAGCAGAGAGUGGAGGUCUCCAUUGGAGCAGAAAUCCAUGAGGAGGCAGGUGUAGUGGGAGACUUCCAGAUGGGCGUAGAGCGUAGGGAGGAAAGGGUGGUCCAGCACAGAGAGGAUUUCCGCCUCCGUCUGGACCUGAGCCGCCUUCUUGGCGUUGAGCGCGUCCCGGUCGAUGACUUUCAGGGCGAAAUCGGAAUGCUCGGAGUCCGUGAGGCGGCAGAGGAACACCCGGCCGAGGUUCCCUGACCCGACGAGGCGGUGGAGCUUCAGAUGCCGGAGGUGGAGGGACCCAUCGGAGGAGAGGGUGGUGGCGGCCUUGAUGGCCGACCAGUUAGAGCCCUGCCGCCGGUGAGGGCGGGUGUGGAGGUUAGGGAUGGAAGUGGAGGGGUUGGCGGCGGUUGAAGUGGUGGAAAGGCGGUCGUUGAAGCUGAGAGUUAAACUACUUCUGGCGAGGCUGCUCCGGGCGCUAAGGGUCCGGUCGGUUGUGCCGAGGGAAGCGGUGGAGCUGGUGAAGCUGUUGUCAAGAUCGGAGUCCAACGGGUAUAUAGUAUCAUCUUCCAUAUAUAUCAUUUUAAGGUUGUUCUAGCUUGGUACGCCUCUGGAUAUUUAUAAGCGAGCUGAAAAUGAUGUGGUAAUGAUGAAGGUGCGAUUUAUGUGAUAUGGAAGAUACAGCAGAGCAGAGUGGCGAGACAUUGUUGUUUAUAAAGCAGUGUCGAGUAGAAUGGAUGGGGGAGAAGCGAAAAG